AUGAUACGUUACGUGCAGGACGUUUCUGACGCUCUGCGCUGUGCUUCCUGCAAGAAUGUGUUCAGAAAAAGAGUUCUACAGGCGUCGUGCGGAGACAGAGUUUGUACUGAAUGCUUCGAGUCUCUAUUCAAGUUUGAUACAUUGAACAAAAAUGAUGUACAAUUUGACAAGGCGAAAUGUCCAACAUGUGAAUAUGAACUAGAUCAAAAGAGCUGCUGGAGAGAUGUGUUUGCAGAAAAGGAACUGUUACAGCUGCAGGUGCACUGCUCUAGCAGUGGCUGUCAGUGGAUUGGAAAACACAGCUCUCUACAGAGUCAGAUUGAAGAUCUGGGCCAUGAGAAUAGCACAACAAAACGACAGUUGGACACAACUCUUAGUGAAUCACGUCGACAGCAUGAAGAUACCCAAGACAGAGCAGCAGUGAAAGAACAUACUGCACAGUCUCGAAUCACUGACUUGGAGGGACAACUGGGUUGUCUGAAUCAGACAAAUAGUCAACUGAAAAGAGACAAGGAAGAGUUGGGGCAUCUCCCAAGCUGCUAUUCAUCAAUGCAGCUGAAAGUCGACUUCAUCAGAAAACAAACUCAAAUGCAGCAGAAACAAACCAUUGAGACGUUUCUGUUGAAUGCUCCACAAGCAUUACUCGAGGGUAAGUUCGAUGCUGCGUAUGCCACUGGCACUGAGCUGUUGCGGACAGCAGUUGAGAUACACGGAAUGAAUAGCACAGAACUCAUACCAUCCUAUCUCAUUCUGGGAGCAGCUUGUAUUGGUUUGUCUCGUAUUCUUCAGGCUGAAAAAUAUUUGAGUCAGGCUCAGUGGCUGUUGUUGAAGAAUCCAUCAUGUGACAACAGUGUCAAGUGUCGUGUUUUCCGGCAGUUGGGAUUGCUGUAUACAGCUCGGAGAAAAUUUGAGAAAGCAAGACACUCACUUGCUGAAGAUAUCUAUCAUUCAUCUAUGACAUACGGUUACUCCAGUGUUAACGUUGCCGCCGGGUAUUACCACCUGGGAAGCGUAUUUUUCAAGAAGAUCGUGCAGAAGUUGGAAACUCUCUUCACGACCACGUCCUCAAGGUGUGGGAGGAGUUUUUUCAAGCAUCUCGUUCUACUAGCUCUAGUCCUGGGAUGAAGCCCGCAAAGGCAGUUGUUUCACAAUCUUCAAGUCAGACGUCGAUUGCUCAGAGCAUGGUUACAUUAGCUACUGAUGAUUACUCUCUCAAUGCUGUUGAACACAUCGAGGCCGUCCAAAUGCUGCAAACAAUACGAAUGUCAAGAGAGAAGCAGACAAGUACAGGAUUAUCACCACUCGUCUUGAUUGAUGCUUAUUACACGUUAUGUCUUCUCUAUGAGUUUCUUGGAAAUCCGUCACUGGAGAUUGAGUAUGGUGAGAAGGCACGUCAACUGAACAAUUCCCAAGAGGUUCCAGAUCAGCAAGUCACAGAAAAUCUCACUUUACUACUCAACUCAGUUUCCUGACAGU